AUGUUUGGAUGGGCAGUGACAGAGCAACAUGAGCCUCUUCUGUCAAUUACGCAGGCCGCAGUACCCGAGUUACGACUCGUUUGUGAUCUUCCACUAAUCGGUGAAAGCCUUCCUGCGCUUCAUGUCGCGGCAAAACUUGGGCAUAAAGCAAUAGUUCAGAUUCUGCUGCACUUCUGCAAAGUGAAUGAGCCAGACCUAGAAGGAUAUACUGCUUUGCAUCACGCAGCGAGUAGGGGCCAUCUUGAAAUCUGCCAAUUACUUUUAAACGCCAAGAAGAUAAAAGUGAAUGCACGAUCGAAAUCUCAAUGCACAUCACUCUGGCUGGCUGCGGCUAGCGGACAUGAGAAGAUCGUUUCUCUCCUUAUAGAGAACCAGGCAGAUAUCAAGGCAAAUGACGCUUCUUAUCGUCAGACACCACUCUCACGGGCUGCCGCGAACGGCCAUGAAGCAGUGGUGAAAUUACUGCUUGAGAAGGGUGCUAAUCUCGAGGCAAAGGAUGAGGAUGGCUGGACACCACUCUUAUGGGCUGCCGCGAACGGCGAUGAAGCAGUGGUGAAAUUACUGCUUGAGAAGGGUGCCAAUCUCGAGGCAAAGGAUAAGGAUAGCCGGACACCACUCUCACGGGCUGCCGCGAACGGCGAUGAAGCAGUGGUGAAAUUACUGCUUGAGAAGGGUGCUAAUCUCGAGGCAAAGGAUGAGGAUGGCUGGACACCACUCUUAUAUACUGCCAUAAACGGCCAUGAAGCAGUGGUGAAAUUACUGCUUGAGAAGGGUGCUAAUCUCGAGGCAAAGGAUGAGGAUAGCUGGACACCACUCUUAUAUACUGCUAUGGACGGCCAUGAAGCAGUAGUGAAAGUAAUGCUUGAGAAGGGUGCUAAUCUCGAGGCAAAGGAUGAGGAUGGCUGGACACCACUCUUAUGGGCUGCCGCGAACGGCCGUGAAGCAGUGGUGAAAUUACUGCUUGAGAAGGGUGCCAAUCUCGAGGCAAAGGAUAAGGAUAGCCGGACACCACUCUCACGGGCUGCCGCGAACGGCGAUGAAGCAGUGGUGAAAUUACUGCUUGAGAAGGGUGCUAAUCUCGAGGCAAAGGAUAAGGAUAGCUGGACACCACUCUCACGGGCUGCCGCGAACGGCCAUGAAGCAGUGGUGAAAUUACUGCUUGAGAAGGGUGCUAAUCUCGAGGCAAAGGAUGAGGAUAGCUGGACACCACUCUUAUGGGCUGCCGCGAACGGCCGUGAAGCAGUGGUGAAAUUACUGCUUGAGAAGGGUGCCAAUCUCGAGGCAAAGGAUAAGGAUAGCCGGACACCACUCUCACGGGCUGCCGCGAACGGCGAUGAAGCAGUGGUGAAAUUACUGCUUGAGAAGGGUGCUAAUCUCGAGGCAAAGGAUGAGGAUGGCUGGACACCACUCUUAUAG